UCCCGUGCACAAUAUCAAAGACCAAUAUGAAAGCUGAGCAAGUUCUUCACAUGAAUAGUGGCGACGAUGAUAAGAGCUAUGCUCAGAACUCCACCAUCCAAAAUGUGAGAUUGUCAAUGACACGGUCAGUGAGGCAAAGUGCAAUCAUGGAAGCCUACAAAAGCACAUCCUUCCCUAAGACCAUGAGCAUUGGAGACUUGGGCUGUUCUUUAGGACCUAACACUCUGCUUGUGGCCUCUGAUGCCAUUGAUGCAGUGGAGAUAGUGCACAAAGAGCUCAACCAACCAUUACCAGAGAUUCAUAUACAAUUGAAUGACCUACCAGGGAAUGACUUCAAUGGCCUCAUCAACUCACUGGAAGGCUUCAAGAAGACUCACCGUUGUUUCAUAUCAGUGGUUCCUGGUUCAUUCUAUGGCCGCUUGUUUCCCAGCCACAGCUUGCACUUCAUUCACUCUUCCUCAAGUCUUAACUGGCUUUCUCAGGUUCCUCUGGAUCUUCAAAAUGAAGAGAAUGUGAAGAUAAACAGAGGAAAGCUAUGCAUUUCAAAAACAAGUCCCCCUUGUGUUUUAGAAGCAUAUAGUAAGCAGUUUCAAAGAGAUUUCUCAUUAUUUCUCAAGUGCCGUGGUGAAGAACUAGUUCCUGGUGGUUGCAUGGUCUUGACACUUCUGAGCAGGAGUACUAGUGAGAAUUCAGAUCCCUCCAGUCUGGGGAUCGGCCUCCAAUGGGAGAUUUUGGCACAGGCCCUCGUAGACAUGGCCUCUGAGGGCAUUGUGGAUGAGAAGAAGAUAGAUUUAUGCAAUGCACCAUUCUAUGUACCAUCUUUAGAGGAAAUGAAGCAUGCCAUAGAGACUGAAGGAUCCUUCUCCAUUAAAAGCAUUGAGAGUUUUGAUGUAACAUAUAAUGGAACUAAGGUAGAAGACACUGUGACCACGGCACUGAAACUAAGUAUCAACGCUCAGCAGAUGGCUAAGAUGAUAAGGGCAGUCACUGAAUCCAUACUAGUGAGUCACUUUGGAGAAGAAAUAAUUGAUGAAUUGUUUGUGAGAUAUAGCUAUUUGCUGGAAGAUUACUACUCCAAGAACAUGCAUGGAUGUACCACUGCAGUUGUAUUUAUGAAAAGGAACGUUCCAUAGAUCAAGAAUUUGAAACUAAUUUGAUCAAGGAAACCUUUAAUUUUGUUUUCUC